GGCGGAGCGCCGCCCCCGCCCGAAGACCUGGAGUUGCCCGGAGCUCGGGGCGGCAGCGCUGGGCUGCGCGCCCGCAGUGCCUUUGAAAGGUGGCGGGAGGCGGCGAGCGCGACGGCGAGCAUGGGUCGCCUGCUGAGCGUGCUGGUUCUGGUCCUGUGCGGGGCGGCGAGCCUCGGGCUGUCCGCUACUGCCCCCCGCACCUCCAAGAAGCCCAUCAUCGGAAUAUUAAUGCAAAGGUGCCACAGUGAGAACAUGAAAACCCUGGGAAAAUAUUAUAUUGCUGCAUCCUAUGUAAAGUAUCUGGAAUCCGCAGGUGCGAGAGUUGUACCAGUAAGGCUAGAUCUUAAAAAUGAAGAAUAUGGAAAGCUUUUCAAAUCUAUCAAUGGGAUCCUUUUCCCUGGAGGAAGUGUUAACCUCCUGAAGUCAGGUUACGCCCAUGUGGCCAAAAUAUUUUACGACUUGGCCAUACAGGCUUUUGGUAAUGGAGACUAUUUUCCCGUGUGGGGGACCUGCCUUGGAUUUGAAGAGCUUACAUAUUUGGUCAGUGGAGAGCUCUUAUUAACUCUCACAGAUACUGUUGGAAUGAAAAUGCCACUGAACUUCACGAAAGGUGCAUUGCAGAGCAGAAUGUUCCAGAAUUUUCCUGCUGACCUGUUGCUGUCAUUAGCAACAGAACCUCUGACUGCAAAUUUCCACAAGUGGAGCCUCUCUGUGAAGAAUUUUACCAUGAAUGAAAAGUUAAAGACGUUUUUCAGUGUGUUAACUACAAACACAGACGGCUAUACUGAGUUUAUUUCAACAGUGGAAGGAUACCAGUAUCCAGUGUAUGGUGUCCAGUGGCAUCCAGAGAAGGCUCCUUAUGAGUGGGGGAAAUUAAAAGGCAUUUCCCACGCACCUAAUGCUGUGAAGGCUGCAUUUUAUUUAGCAGAGUUCUUUGUGGCUGAAGCUCGGAAAAACAAUCACCAUUUUGAGUCUGAUGCUGAAGAAGGCAAAGCACUAAUUUAUCAGUACCGUCCAGUCUAUACUGGAAAUACGUCUGCAUUUCAGCAAAGUUAUAUAUUUGAUUGAAAGCCUUCGAGGUGUUAACAGAGGAAUUUUGAUUAACUCCAUGAUUAAACUGUGACAGUAACUUGCUACUCAUGACCAUAAUAGGAGGCCACAGAGAUUCCCUUUCUAUGAUGUUAUUGCCUCUGAUUCUUCAUUCAGUAUGACUCUAUCACAUUUGGUGAUCAUUGAGACAGAUACAUAAUCAUAGUGUAUUUCAUGGAAAAGCUUUCUUUUAUCUGAAGAUUAGGAAAAAUAAAUUUAUUGAAAAUA